AAAUAAGCCUAUGGUGUGAAUAACUGGAUCAGCACUGUCCGUCUCUCCUGUAACUUCCCUUUAUGGUGCAGUGUGCAGAUGUCCAUCGUCACCUUCCCCAAGUGCAAGCUCCAUGGGCUGAACGCUUUCUGAACAGUGUCUGGAGCGACCUACCUGUGUGACGGCGCAUGCGCGCGAGAACCCCAGCAAGAUGGUUGGGAAACUGAAGCAGAACUUACUCCUGGCCUGCCUGGUGAUUAGUUCUGUGACCGUGUUCUACCUGGGCCAGCACGCCAUGGAGUGCCACCACCGGAUCGAGGAGCGCAGCCAGCCGGCCAAACCGGAGAGGCCGAGGCCCACGGCGGGGACCGCCCUGGACGGCAAAGCCAACAAGACCCUGGCCUACCACAAAGAUAUGCCUUUGAUAUUCAUCGGGGGUGUGCCCCGGAGCGGGACGACGCUCAUGCGGGCCAUGCUGGAUGCGCACCCCGACAUCCGCUGUGGAGAGGAGACCAGGGUCAUCCCUCGGAUCCUGGCCCUGAAGCAGAUGUGGUCGAGGUCGAGUAAGGAGAAGCUUCGCCUGGAUGAGGCUGGCGUCACCGACCAGGUGCUGGACUCGGCCAUGCAGGCCUUCUUACUGGAAAUCAUUGUGAAGCAUGGGGAGCCCGCCCCUUAUUUAUGUAACAAAGACCCCUUUGCCCUCAAGUCCCUAACUUACCUGGCCAGGUUAUUUCCUAACGCCAAGUUUCUCCUCAUGGUUCGCGAUGGCCGGGCGUCCGUGCACUCCAUGAUCUCUCGAAAAGUGACCAUCGCUGGCUUUGACCUGAACAGCUACCGGGACUGUUUGACCAAGUGGAACCGAGCCAUAGAGACCAUGUACAACCAGUGUAUGGAGGCUGGCUAUAAAAAGUGCAUGCUAGUCCACUAUGAGCAGCUUGUCCUGCACCCUGAGCGGUGGAUGAGAACCCUCCUAAAGUUCCUCCACAUCCCCUGGAACCACUCAGUCUUGCACCACGAAGAGAUGAUUGGCAAAGCCGGGGGUGUGUCGCUGUCCAAAGUGGAGCGAUCUACAGACCAAGUCAUCAAGCCAGUCAACGUGGGCGCCCUGUCCAAGUGGGUCGGGAAGAUUCCUCCAGACGUCCUACAGGACAUGCCAGUGAUUGCGCCCAUGCUUGCCAAACUGGGAUACGACCCCUAUGCCAACCCUCCCAACUAUGGAAAACCUGAUCCGAAAAUCCUCGAGAACACUAGAAGGGUCUACAAAGGCGAAUUCCAGCUCCCCGACUUCCUGAAAGAGAAACCCCAGACCGAGCAGGUGGAGUAGCUGCACCCAGAGCCGUGUCCUCGCCCGGAGAAGAGGUGAGGGCCG